GUGACACCAUUGAAAAUGAAGAAAAUACAACAAUCGGUGGUACCUGAGAGGCAUAUAGUACAAAACAAUCCUUCUCUGAAGAUGUUCUCAAUAAUGGUUAAUCGCCUUAUACCCAAUAAACAAAUAGUUCGUGUACAAACAGAUGACAACUUGUUCGGGUAUGAUAGCUAUACUUACCUAACUAAGGAGGAUUUUGAAAGAGUGCUUAAUAUGGAGGAGUUGACAGCAUCAUGCAUCACAGUUUAUAUAAUGGCUUUAUAUGAGAAGCUGAAGGUUAAUGGUGGCUAUGGAAAUGGAUUUGGUUUCAUGAACCCCAACGCAUUGUCUAUAGCAGGCAGCAAUAAUGUCAUGGGAACAAGAACCCAAAGGGCACAAUUGCUUGCCAAUCAGUUGGCAAUUGUUAAGAACGAGAAUUUAAUUCUAAUUCCAUACAACCCAGGUUUCAUUGGGUUCUUGUUGGUAUUGAUAUGAAGACAUUAAUUGUGUACUAUCUGGAUCCCUUGAGGGGAGAUAUGGGACAGGAUUUACAAGAAGUGGUGCAAAAUGGUAUCUUCAUUCAUUCCGCCUGUAAAGUGUCCAAAAAAAGGGCUACUAUCACAUGGCAAAAAGUAUUGG